GUUUGUUCGGAGCACUAUUCACAGGAACAUGAAUAAACCACUCGUUGGUGAAGUUUGAUCGAUGCGGCCACAGGUUGUCGGGCUUUAGCCAAUAACUAGUGUUUGGGUGACAUUCUGCCUCCGCGGAUGUAUAUUAUCAAGUGUGUGCUUCGGUUCUGCCUUUCAAUUCGCCAAGCGAGCACGAGAGAGGACGGUGGAAUUUUGUUUGAGAGCGUUUUGCCGGCACCGACUAUCCCUUGAGGCUCCCAGACCAGUGGUCACCUCGGGGACUUCUGACCAUGGACGUUCUCUGCGGAACUGAUCACAAACUUGGCGAUAUGGAGGAUUCGGACAUGACAGAUUUUCUUGACAGCGAUAUGUUCAGCUCCCAUUCUAUGGCACCUGACAACUACAUGGACAAUGAUUGGCUCAGCUCUUUCUUUGAUGACCCAGUACUUAACGACAAGAUGAUCACCGAUGCAGCACAGCCCCCAUGUAUCAAGUCCGAACACAGCUACUCCCUAAAUGACCAGUCUCCAGGAUCACCGCUUGGACUUGCUAAGAUUGAAGACAUUGAUUCAGACUUCAUGGGAUCCCCAAAUGCCCUUGACCUUUCACAGAAGUCCUUCGGCAGUGUUGGCAGUCCAUCUGUUAUUGUUAAACAAGAAAGCAGGGACAAUGACCCCUUACUUACAUCAGCCCCUAACACCUGCACCACCACCUCCCUUACCAAGCAACCAACAAUUGUCCUGGCCGCACCAACGUCGACCAUCAUCCCUGAUCAGCCCGUGUUUCCACAGAUUACAGUUAAGCAGGAACCUCCAGACACAUUCGACACAUCCGACCAGACUGUUGAUGUUGUUACAGUAACAAUGGAGCAGAUCAUUCUCCCCCCAACACCCCCCAGUAGUGCUAGCAGCGACAGCGAAGGCAGCCAGAGUCCCCAGCGAUCAGCCCCUUCCAGCCCCAUCCGUCAGAUGACCUCAUCGCGCCAGACACAUCACGUCUCCUCAGCCAAGGCGCUGUCACAGCCUCUAUUUGUAAAUCCAAUACCACAGUCAGGAGUGUUGAUACUCUCUGAGGAGGAGAAACGAACCCUCGUUUCUGAGGGUUACCCCAUUCCUGGUAAAUUGCCACUCACAAAACAAGAGGAAAAGAAUCUGAAGAAAAUCCGUCGAAAAAUAAAAAAUAAGAUCUCAGCCCAGGAAAGCAGAAGAAAAAAGAAAGAAUACUUAGAAGCAUUAGAAAAAAGGGUUGAAUCGUUUAACCAGGAAAAUUCUGACCUGCGGAAAAAGGUUGAUUCAUUAGAGAAUAACAACAGGUCUCUGCUGGGCCAGCUGCACAAGUUGCAAGCACUUGUUUCAAAGAUGCCACGCCCAUCUGCAGCCUCUGCAACACAGACAGGAACUGUUCUCAUGGUCCUUGUUUUGUGCUUUGCUGUUUUCCUGGGCAGCUGGUCUCCCACUUCUCUCAACAUUGGUUAUUCUCCGGGGGCUCGGGCAGUCAGUCCCGUUUUCCUGUCAAAACCAGAUCACAUCCGCCCGACACCCGACCACGGGCCGAGUAUUGGCAAUGCCAAGGUCAAUGGCGACUAUGCCACACCCAAUAUGAAAUCGCGAAUGCUGUUGUCGGUCAAAGAUGAUCAAGAAGAAAUGUUAAGCGAGGAUGUCCGUGCCUUUUAUCCAUGGGAUCGCUCAUGGUGCUACACCGGGACAUCGGGCAGAGGAAGAACAUGGCGAGACCAACAAGCCAGCCAUCAACAACGCCGCUCCCGAGGGGAACUACGCACGCCAAGAGGAAGUCGAGGCUGAAGCUUCACAGAGUCCAGACAUGCCCAUUCUCUCCCUGCCUCGGUCCAGCAUUAGCCGAGCCAAUGAAACGCAUGAUGAAGACUACCAGGCUAUAAUGCAUCCCGAUAUUGCUGUAGCUCCAGUUGACCUUCGGUCCAUCGAGCCCAGAGGCAAUCUCACUGCCGAAAUGGAGACUGCCUAAAUAAGAACUUUCGUAAUGACUGCAGUAGUUAAUUACUGCCAAGGACUACUGUAUGUAGAUUUUACAUACCCAAUUUGUCUCAUAAGGGUGGAGGGCUCGUUUAUCCUUGAGAGGACCAAAAUGAUGGCAUCUAACGAAUGUUAUGUAUUCAUACACUUCAUCGUCAAUUAUUUAAUGAAGCAGUACUAUGCUAUGAACUGUGAUUCGGUGGGCAUUCACGAUGUCAGAAUAUACUAGAAUGUUUUAGUGGCAUUUAGAAGAUAUUUGGAAAAAAGAUCUGUUCCUUUUUAAAAGGUAGAUUUGAUACUUUCAAAAUUGUCCACUUAUCAACAUUUAUUUAUUUAAGAAAUCCAAACAGUUCAAACAUAAUUAUUUGCAAGUUAUUCUACAUACAUAGUAUGGAACUGUUUUGAUUGGUCAAAAAGUCAACAAUAUUUGGGAAUCUCCUUCCAUGAGUGUGGACCAAAGGGAGAUAACCAGAUUUAUUGUUGAUCAAUCAUAUUUUCCUUACUAAACAUCGCUCAUGUCAUUGGCGUUUUAAAAAAUAUCAUCGUCAACUUUUACCAAGCAUGCAUCCUAGUUUAUAGAAAUACUCACAUCGUGGUAAGAAUGUUAUGAACAAACUUCAUCCACAUUUUCAUUUUUUUUAAAUCGUUAAUCAUGGCAAAUAUUACAUUUUUAGUUUCAUUUCAUUCUCGUUCAUUACUUCCAGAGAAUGAAGCAUUUGUUUUUGUUUAUUUGUGACAGAACGUCACAGUCACAAUGUGCUAGUAACGGAAGCAAGUAUUAGGGCUUGUUUCCUUGGAAACCAAAUUUGAUAAUAUUAUUUUUGAAUGUUUUUGUACAUAGUAUGAAUCUGUGAUUUGAAGGGGUAGACGGUUAGAUACCCUGUCAAUGUGAGGGGUUCUUGAGGGAAUAUGCAUAUAUAAAUAACUGUACUCAAAGUUCCCCUUGCAUAGCUUGGCUGGGGAUCCCUGCCGUGGGACUCGGCCGUACUGUCGGAAAAACCUAGUCAGUGUAAAUAUUUACAUCUCUUAGACAAAGACAGAGAACUAUUUUUGUUGACCAUUUUCUGGUUGUGGGAAUAUCUGCAAGGGCCAAAUUAAUGGUACAUAUGCCUGUUGUUGAUUAUAUCUCCAAAUGAAAUUCUCAUUGUUUUACAGAGAUCUGUAAAAUAACUCCAAAUCAUAAAAUAAAUAAAUAUAUAUAUAUAUA